UGUCUACAUUGUUUUCAGGUGAAAGGAGUAACUUAUUCAUUGGAGAAAUUCCUAGGCGAAAAUGUUUGGAACAAGAACAACAAUGGCAAUUGCGAUUACCACAAGUCCCUCCUAUGCAAAUCGCACAAAAACACAACCUUGUAUCAGUGCAUUAUUUAUUUAGCUCCGGGAGAUUAUCAUAGGUUUCAUUCUCCAGCGGAAUGGACACCAUCAUACAGGAGGCACAUCUGUGGAGAAUUACUCUCGGUAAAUCCGUCAAUAGCCAAGUGGAUUCCAGGGCUUUUCUGUUUAAACGAAAGAGCUGUUUAUGUAGGUGAAUGGGAACAUGGCUUCUUCUCGUACACCGCUGUUGGUGCUACAAACGUGGGAAGCGUGAAGGUGUACUUUGACAAAACGCUGCAGACGAAUCACAAGAAGUCGCCGAUAGCAAACGAGAAGCUUCUAGAUAGGAACAUCAAUCUUGGAAAAGGAGACAUGAUCGGAGAAUUCCGGAUGGGAUCGACGAUCGUGCUGUUGUUCGAGGCUCCCAAGAACUUCCAGUUCAAUAUUAGACCGGGUCAAAGAGUGCAGAUGGGACAAGGGAUCGGAUGUACAAGCAAUGCAGCAAAGGAAUCCAAAGCCAAAGAAGUUUAGUAUUAUUCGAAUUUUAUUCGAAAAUUGUGAUAUAUAGAUUGGAUAGAGACUAUAUAUUGUUUUUAUUAUGUUUUAAUAAUAU